AUGCCUCCUCCGGAGCUCUGCCCAGAUCCGGAGCGCCGCCCUGCCUCCUGCGCCUCCCCGCUCUCCCUGCCUUUCCUUGCGCCGCAGCCUCGCGCUGCCGCAGCUCGCGCCAGCAGCCGCUCCCACCGCGCGCCUCACUUGCCCCUCAAUUUUAGCUUUGCGGCUCUAACUGCCGAAGAGUUCAUACCAGUUAUUCGCCACUGCAUCAAUCUUCGCACUUUAUGGGUUCUUGAUACUGUGGGUGAUGAAGGCAUUCGGGCUGUGGCUGAAACAUGCUCAAAUCUCCGUGAGCUACGGGUUUUUCCUCUGGAUGCCACUGAGGAUUCUGAGGGCUCAGUCUCAGAUAUUAGUCUCCACGCAAUCUCAGAAGGCUGCCGGAAGCUCGAGUCGAUUCUCUACUUCUGCCAGUGCAUGACAAAUGCAGCAGUUGUUGCCAUGUCCGAGAACUGCCCUGACCUUUUGGUGUUCCGCCUCUGUAUUAUGGGCCGCCACCGCCCUGAUCGGAUUACUAGGGAGCCCAUGGAUGAGGGUUUCGGGGCGAUUGUGAUGAACUGCAAGAAGCUCACCAGACUUUCAGUCUCUGGCCUGCUCACCGAUAAGGCGUUUGCACACAUUGGAAAACAUGGAAAACUCAUAAAGACUCUGUCUGUUGCCUUUGCUGGGAAUAGUGACAUGUCUCUUCAACAUGUGUUUGAGGGAUGCACUAGGUUGCAGAAGCUUGAGGUCAGAGACAGCCUUUUUGGCGACAAAGGACUGCUCUCUGGUCUGAAUUAUUUUUACAACAUGAGGUUCUUUUGGAUGAACUCAUCCAGGCUAACUGUUAGGGGUUGUCGGGAUGUAGCUCAGCAAAUACCUAAUCUGGUGGUUGAAGUAAUGAAGGAAAAUGAAGGGGAAAUCGAUACCGUUGAUAAACUGUACCUGUAUCGAUCAUUGGCAGGACCAAGGGAAGACGCUCCAUCAUUUGUCAACAUCUUGUAGUACUGCCAUUGAAGAAGUUUGUUGUAAGGUCAUGUUUGUUCUACUAUUCCUGACCAUUGCU